GCUUCCCGCUCCCGGCCGGCCGCGCGCGCCGGGAAGUGACGUCACGGCCGGGGGUCCUGGCGCCGCCCGGAAGUAGCUGCCCCCGACGGCGCCUGCGCAGGGCCCGGUCCCGGCCCCGCCAUGGCUCCCACCAUCCAGACGCAGGCGCAGCGGGAGGAGCCGGGCCACAGGCCCAGCUCCCACCGGACGCUGCCCGAGAGGUCGGGCGUGGUCUGCCGGGUCAAGUACUGCAACAGCCUCCCCGACAUCCCCUUCGACCCCAAGUUCAUCACCUAUCCCUUCGACCAGAAUCGGUUCGUGCAGUACAAGGCGACAUCGCUGGAGAAGCAGCACAAGCACGACCUGCUGACGGAGCCCGACUUGGGCGUCACCAUCGACCUCAUCAACCCCGACACCUACCGCAUCGACCCCAGCGUUCUUCUGGACCCGGCGGAUGAGAAGCUGCUGGAGGAGGAGAUCCAAGCACCCACCAGCUCCAAGAGGUCACAGCAACACGCCAAGGUGGUGCCGUGGAUGCGCAAGACCGAGUACAUCUCCACCGAGUUCAACCGUUACGGCGUCUCCAACGAGAAACCUGAGGUCAAGAUCGGCGUGUCGGUGAAGCAGCAGUUCACGGAGGAAGAGAUCUACAAAGAUCGUGAUAGCCAGAUCGCCGCCAUCGAGAAGACCUUUGAGGAUGCCCAGAAAGCGAUCACGCAACACUACAGCAAGCCUCGCGUCACCCCUGUUGAGGUCAUGCCCGUCUUCCCUGACUUCAAGAUGUGGAUUAACCCCUGUGCCCAAGUCAUCUUCGAUUCGGACCCAGCGCCCAAGGACACAAGUGGCCCGGCCGCGCUGGAGAUGAUGUCCCAGGCCAUGAUCAGGGGGAUGAUGGACGAGGAAGGGAACCAGUUCGUGGCUUAUUUCUUGCCCGUGGAGGAGACGCUGCGCAAGCGGAAGCGGGACCAGGAGGAGGAGAUAGAUUAUGCCCCCGAGGACGUGUACGACUACAAGAUCGCUCGGGAGUACAACUGGAACGUGAAGAACAAGGCCAGCAAGGGCUACGAGGAGAAUUACUUCUUCAUCUUCCGCGAGGGUGACGGUGUCUACUACAACGAGCUGGAGACCAGGGUGCGGCUGAGCAAGCGGCGGGCGCGGGCAGGGGUGCAGUCGGGCACCAACGCGGUGCUGGUGGUGAAGCACCGUGACAUGAACGAGAAGGAGCUGGAGGCCCAGGAAGCACGGCGGGCGCAGCUGGAGAACCACGAGCCGGAGGAGGAGGAAGAGGAGGAGAUGGAGGCUGAGAAGGAGGCAGCGGGAUCAGAUGAAGAGCGUGAGAAGGGCAGCGAGAGCGAGGGCGGGGGGAGCGGCGAGGAGGAGGAGGAGGCCGAAGGCUCGGGCAGCAGCAGCGAGCGGGGGGGUUCAGCCCGCAGCGAGGAAGAGGAUGAGGCCGAAGACGAAGAGGAAGAGGAGGGCAGAGGGGGCCGGCGUGGGGGCAGCGACGCCGCCCGGGCUGCCCGCGAUCAGGAGGAGAUCUUCGGCAGCGACAACGACGAGGAAGAGGAGGAGGAAGAGGAGGAGGAGGAAGAAGAGGAAGAGUCCGAGGCGGGGGGCAGCGAAGGGGGCCCCCCCCGCAGCCCCCGCCUCAGCCCCAGCGAAGCCUCGGAGGAGGAUGACAGCCCCAGCGACGCCUCCGACUCCUCCAGCGACUGAGGGGGGGAUUCUCCAGCAGCUCGUAGUGAGGUUGAGCCAGCCCCCCCAUCAGCCUUUUGGGGUAAAAAACAGGCACUUUGGGUUCGUUUGGGUUUUUUUUCUGUUUAAUAACGUAGUCAUGGUUACCAGCCAUAGUCAUAACAAAAGUUAUUCAUAAUAAAAUGUAUCUAAAAUAA